GGCCGGGCCUUGCAAAGCCGCCCCGCUCCGCCGGGGCAAGGGCAGGCCCCCGGGCGCCAUGGCCGCUCCCUGCUACUUGGGCUGGGAUUUCAGCACGCAGCAGCUGAAAGUCAUUGCUAUUGAUGAACAGCUGAGAGUCGUUUAUGAGGAUAAUGUUCAUUUUGAUAAAGACCUUCCAGAAUUUAAGACUCAAGGUGGAGUCUAUAUUCACAGUGACAGACUGACAGUCACUUCUCCUGUGCUAAUGUGGGUCAAGGCUCUGGAUAUGAUUUUGGAAAAGAUGAAGUCUUCGGGCUUUAAAUUCUCUCAAGUCAGAGCUUUGUCUGGUGCUGGCCAGCAACAUGGGAGUGUGUACUGGAAAAAAGGAAGCAUCCAAAUUUUAAAGAAUGCAUCAUCCAAACUGCCUCUACAUCAGUCACUAAAGGCUUGUUUUUCUGUCAGUAACAGCCCCAUCUGGAUGGAUUCUAGCACAGCUUCCCAGUGCAGUGCAUUGGAGAAAGCCGUGGGGGGAGCACAGCACCUAGCGAGUAUUACUGGUUCUCGAGCCUAUGAGCGUUUUACAGGAAACCAGAUAGCAAAGAUUUACAGCCAGAAUCCUGAAGUCUACAUGCAAACUGAGAGAAUCUCUUUGGUUAGUAGUUUUGCAGCUUCCCUUUUCCUAGGAGCUUAUGCACCCAUUGAUUACAGUGAUGGUUCUGGUAUGAACUUGCUGCAGAUUUGGGAAAAGGUGUGGUCAGUGUCCUGCCUUAAUGCUUGUGCACCUGGAUUAGAGGAGAAACUAGGAUGCCCUGUACCAUCCCAUUCGGUCCUGGGGCCCAUUUCUCCAUAUUAUAGUCAGCGUUAUGGGUUUAGCCAAGACUGUAAAAUAGUAGCAUUUACAGGAGACAAUCCAGCAUCAUUGGCAGGGAUGAGACUUCAAGAAGGAGAUAUUGCAAUUAGCCUUGGCACGAGUGACACAUUGUUUCUGUGGAUCCAAGAACCAACUCCUGCCUUAGAAGGUCAUAUACUCUGCAAUCCUGUUGAUUCUCAAACAUAUAUGGCACUUCUAUGUUUUAAGAACGGCUCUCUGAUGAGAGAGAGGAUCAGAGAUGAUUGUGCUUCAGGCUCCUGGGAUGAAUUCUCUAAAGCCUUAUCAUCUACUGUUGCUGGAAACAAUGGAAACUUGGGUUUCUACUUUGAUGUGAUGGAAAUUAUUCCUGAAGCAGUUGGGAUUCACAGAUUCAACAGAGACAACCAAAAGGUUUCAGACUUUCCAAAGGAGGUGGAAAUUCGAGCACUGAUUGAAGGGCAGUUCAUGGCCAAGAGGAUUCAUGCUGAAAAGCUGGGAUAUAAAGUCAGGCUGGACUUGACAGUCUCUUACAGUGGCCUUCAGCUCAUCAGUGCUACACUCUUCCUCGUUGGAAAAUCUGAAGAAUGGAUGAAAGAACACAAAGAAAAAGUUUGCUUGAAAUUGUCUUUUUCCGACUGCACUUACAGUGAUUGUACAGCAUCAGACAGACUUAAAGUAAAACUAAACUCAGGAGUACCUGCUGAGCAUUGUGCAUCAAUUACUACUCAAGUAGAGAGCGAGUUUCAAAACGGCCACUUCUCUACCACUUCCGUUGGUUUUAAAGUAUUUGUCUUCCAUUUGACAAUAUUUGAAGCUUGAUAAGAAAUUGCAAGGAAUUCCUGAAAGCUGGAAAUUUGAAAUUAAAAAUAGAAGUAUGUAUAUACAUACAAGCAAAGGGUGGGUUUGUGAUGGUUUUAUUAUUAAUAGUGUCUUAAAGUGAAAUAGUUCUUUAGAGGAUAUCUCUACUGCAGAUAACUGCACUUGUCAAUCCUUAUCUGAAAUGUUACCAAAGUGUGGCUUAACUCUUAAUGUUUCACCUAUGGGUGUGCCUAUCUCAGUUGAUUCUUCUGAAAUGUGUAAUUAUUAGACGUUUUCAGAAGUUCUGGUGGAUGGAAGUUCAAUUAGCCCCUGUUUGUAGAAAUCAGCCAGCAUCUUCCUAAAAUAUAAAUCUGUGUGCGUUUGUAUUUCCACUUUUGCAGUAGCACUAAGUGAAAGAAAUGGCUGCAUAGGAAUUUGAAUGGGCUGAAUGGUCUGCCUGAAAAACUCUACUAGAAGGUGUUUGGUGUGUGCAAACACAUAAUACUGAAUUCUUUCUUUUUACGAAGCAACAAUAUUGCCAAAGGUAGCAAUACUAAACAAUGUAUAUUCAUUAUAGAAGUAGUAUCAAAUGCCAGUAUUAUUUUGGACAACAAAUGAACUGACUUGGAAAUACGUUCGAUUUCCUUAGCCUAAAGUUGGUAGCCAAAGGUUCAGUGUACUUACGUAUCUAUUCAAUGUACUCCAUCAUUGAUAGCAGCUUUCUUCAGGGUUUCUCAUGUCUUGUUUUCAACAGGUUAAGAUCACUUUUGUUACAUUUCAAAUACGGGCUUUGUUGGUAGAGGACUUUGGAUCUUAGAGGUAUCCAUGUGCUGAAGGAAGGCUUCUGGGGGCUCUAUUCCAGCACAUCCUUGGCUGCCUCCUCUGUGUUUCCAGGAUUGGGUCACUCAGUUCCUUCCCUCUCAUUGCUGGUAUCUAUUACCGAACAGGUGAAUGUUAAUAUUUAACUGUACAUAGCAAUUUCCAUGUAUGCAUCUCAAGAAGUAAUUACAGAAAGCUGGAGGACACUCAGUGUUGUUACAAAUCAGCAAGUGUUUCAGUCCUCUCAGUGGCCAACUUAAAACAUACAAAACAGCAGAAAAUGUUGUGUAUUAGUCUGUGUAGCAGCAGCCCUGUGAGUAGCAUUGGAAUGAAGAUGGUCACUGGUCACAGAGCUGGAGGGAUUUUGAAGGAUAUUUUCAAAAGCAUUCACUCUCUUCACUCAAGGUGCUCUUGAUCUUUUUCCUUUGUGUUUAUUCUGGUCAAAAAUGAACUUUUUGUUAUUUUGAAGUAGUUCUAAUUAUAAUAGUAAUACAAAUGUACAAGUGGAGAGCUGCUUGAGUAACCUCUUCAAAUUAAGUGCACUUCUAGUUAAAUGACUUAAGUUUACCUGCAAGUGAACACUUAUGCUGCAGAGAAAGUGAUACAAAGCUUUGUAUUUCAUACCUAAUUUUGUCUGUGAACAUAAAAGCCUGGUACCCACUGAAAUGCAGGUGAACAUCUGAAGCCAUUGUUUUUAAGUAUGACACAUUAGAAUAAAAAAUUGCUGGCAUA